AUGGCCGCCAGUAGAAAGGCUACAAAGAACAUGCACAAUGCGAUAUCGUCUGAACAGCUACCAACCAAGAAUUUGUCAAUAAUUUUGAGCAAAGAUGAUAGGGAAAACAAGAAUGUGUCCACAGGCACAGAUCAAUGUAUGCCAGGUAUAAAUAUAUCUAACAACUGUAUUUCUAAAUUGAAUAACCAGAAUAUUGAAGUAACAGGUCUGUCAAAGGACUCAAAGCUCAAUCCUAUGCGUAUAAAGAAACUCAGGCUUCCGGUGCGAUCACGAUAUGCAUUAUUUUAUAACAAAAGCAUGUUACUGACUUUACUACCACUGGUUGCCAUUUACGUCACCGUGACCGUGAACCCAGUAGAAUACAGGUAA